CCGUGUUCAACAGGUCUCAUGCGCAAGGCUGUUAAGCUCGGCUACACCACGAUCCUUCCAAACCUUGCCCUGAGCAAUGACGAAGGACGUCUUCUUGUAAUGUGGGGUGAGCCCCGGAGCACGACACCACCACCAACAUUCCACACAAUGGCGUUCACGAACCGGCUGGCAAUAUUAGCAGGAGGUCUGGGAGGCCUAGGCUGCGCAACAGGCAAACUCCUGCACGCCCACGGCGCCAAACUCGCCCUCCUCUACGCCCCAGCAGAAGCAGAGCGCCUACAACCCACCGUAGCCGAAACAUACGGCUACCAGAACACUAGCGAAGCAGGCGACAGCAUCAAAGGCUACGCCUGCGACAUCACGUCGCCGGACUCCGUCUCCGAGGCCUUCAGCGCCAUCGCGCAGGACAAUGUCGCCUUCCCCGCCAUGCUCGUCAAUGCGGCGGGGUAUGUGAAUUUGACCGCGCUCGAGACGUUCCCGCCCGAGGAUGCGUUGAAGCAUUAUGUGAUUAAUUUGUUUGGGCCGACGUUGACGGGGCAGGCGUUUGCAAGGAUGUAUAUUGAGCGGAAGAAGGCGGAGGGAGAGGGCAAGGCGGCGCCGGGGAGGAUUGUGAAUAUUGCGAGUCAGGCGGCGCAUGUUGCGCUGUGGCAUCACGGCCCGUACUGCGCGAGUAAGGCAGGUUUGAUCGGACUCAGCAAAUGCAUGGCGAGCGAAUGGGGCCCGCAUGGCAUCACGACCAACACCAUCUCCCCGGGUCCGAUCAUGACGGAGAUGGGGAAGAAGGCGUGGAGUGACCCGGCUGCCCGAGAGGAGUAUCUCAAGAGCGUGCCGACGGGCAGCUUUGCGGAUCCGGACGAGGUGGCACGGAUUGUGCACUUUCUCUGCGAGGACAAAGCGAAGAGUAUCAAUGGGAAUGAUGUAAGACUGGACGGCGGCUUUACCAUACGAUGAGGA